GCUUUAGCGAGUUAAUUCUGUAAUUAAUGCCAGAUCCGCUCUCGCCUGCGCCGUUCUCGCUGCCUUACAUCCUUCGGUGGCCUUCCUCUCGCCACCACCACCACCGACGGUUCGAAAUCCAUAAAAUAUAAGGAUUGACUACAAAUGGGGCAGAGCCACGGUGCUCGUUCCGAGGAAUUCUGGUCAAUAUGGCAACUGGGUAUGUUUAAAUUAAUCGAAAGCUUGCUUCUUUUGUUGCGACUCCGCGUGGUGACAUCGGGAGUUCGUACGAGCAUGAAGUGCGCCGCAAAUGUGCUGCGAUCCAAAGGGAUCGCUCGUGUCCAUGCUGGCAACUACAGGAUCUUGAAUCCCCCGUCUGGGUUUGAUCGCAAGUACAGUACAUUGCUUCAGCCAAUCCUCUUAUAUAAGUUUGCCCACCAAGUGUUCGACUCAUUGCUUCAACCAGCUUUUCCUUUCCUCAACUCCUUUGAGGAAUCCCAACCAAAUCUUGAGCCACAUUUCUUGAGAGGGUAGUUUCUCAAUGUUGAAGAUGGGUCAGGCCAGUUUUCUGUGUUUUUGUCUCGGGAUGGUGUGUUUGAUGAGUGGGAUUUGGGUGGAAGCAGAGGACCCUUACAUAUAUUACACUUGGGAAAUCACCUAUGGGACUGUUUCUCCUCUAAAUGUUCCUCAACGAGCUAUACUCAUCAAUAACCAAUUCCCUGGCCCGACUAUUGACGCUGUGACAAAUGAUAAUGUCCUAGUAAAUGUCAUUAACAAGUUGGACGUCCCUUUCCUCAUAACAUGGAAUGGGAUUAAACAAAGGAGGACUCCAUGGCAAGAUGGAGUUCUUGGGACACAAUGUCCAAUCCCUCCAAACUCCAACUGGACCUACAAGUUCCAAGUGAAGGAUCAGAUUGGAACAUAUAACUACUUCCCUUCGAUCGGAAUGCAAAGAGUUGCUGGAGGGUAUGGAGCUUUCAACGUCAACCAAAGAUCAGUGAUUUCCAAACCUUACCCGGAACCUUUUGAAGAAUUCACCGUGCUUGUCAGUGACUGGUACAACACCGAUUUCAAGAUUUUGGAGCAACGCCUUGACCAGGGAACUCCUCUCCCGCUUCCUGAUGGUCUUCUCAUCAAUGGACUUCCUAGUGGCCAAGCUGUGUUCACAGGGGAGAAAGACAAGCUCUACAAGUUCAGGAUCUCCAAUGUGGGUGUUGCAGUAGCAAUCAACUUCAGGAUCCAGGGACAUACAAUGACUCUCAUCGAAGUUGAAGGUGCUCAUACGUUGCAAGAAAUCUACGAGUCCCUCGAUGUUCAUGUUGGCCAAUCUGUGACUGUGUUGGUCAGAUUACACGCACCGUUAACCAAGGACUACUUCAUUGUUGCUUCCUCACGUUUCACCAAGCCAAUCCUCACCACCACUGCGAUUCUCAAGUAUGCAGGCUCCAACACACCAGCUGCUAAGCCAUUGCCAGUUGGACCAACUUACCAUCUCCACUGGUCAAUGAAGCAAGCUAGGACUAUCAGGUUGAAUUUGACAGCAAAUGCAGCCAGGCCAAAUCCUCAAGGGUCAUUCCAUUAUGGAACCAUCAACGUCAUGAGGACCAUCUUCCUGACCAACACAGCAGAGAAGGUCAAUGGGAAACUGCGUUAUGCUAUUAACAGCAUCUCCCAUGUUGACCCACCCACACCAUUGAAGCUUGCUGAUUGGUAUAACAUCCCUGGUGUGUUUAAGAUGAACUCUGUCCCAGAUAUGCCCACCAAUACCACUCCUGUUCUUGCUCCUGGUGUCCUUGCAUUCGAACUCCAUGACUUUGUGGAGAUCAUCUUCCAGAACUCAGAAUACACGGUCCAGUCAUAUCACAUGGAUGGAUCCAGUUUCUACAUUGCUGGUUAUGGAAACGGGCCCUGGACACCUGCAAUGAGGAGAAGAUACAAUCUUGCUGAUACAGUGCCUAGACACACUGUUCAGGUUUAUCCAGUAUCAUGGACAGCAAUACUGGUGUCACUGGACAACAAGGGGAUGUGGAACUUGAGGUCUGCAAUUUGGUCGAGGAGAUACCUAGGGCAGCAGCUGUAUAUGAGAGUGUGGAAUGACGAGAAGAGUCUCUUCACUGAGGCUGAUCCACCACCAAAUGUUUUGCUUUGUGGUUUGGUCAAAAAGGCUUAGAUGGAUGAAUGGUGAAAUGAAAGGACAGGAAAGGAAGGGAAUGUGUCUUCAUUCCAGUGUAGUAGCGUCUUGCUACUCUUAGGGUUCUUUGAUUAUUUUUACUACUGUACGUUUGUUGUUUUUCUCCCAAUUUGUCCUUAAAGUUACGAGGGGGUAAUUGCCAAUAGGAAAAAGUUUGAGGGAAAAAAAGGAAUAGGGUUUUACAUUAGAAGAGGAACCAGGGGGCAGAGUGAGCUUCAAUUUGUAAAAGUUCAUUUUAUGUGAUUUGGGGAAUCUACUCUCACAGUCAUAUUUGAUCUGAUAGUAAUAAACUUAUUUUCUUCAGCACCUCAGCAACCUUUACAAAUACAAAAUAAUAGUCAA